UAUGUACCUAUGUUUUCGUUUGUUCUUGUGCUUCAGAUUUCUUAACUAAAUUGACAUUGUUAUACCGAUAUCAAAACAUUUUUAUAAGAAUUCAAUUAGGGGUCGGAGUUAGAUUACACCACUGAAUGUUGUGAAACGAACUAUAUUUUAGUGCGUAAAGAAAGCAGAACAUUGAGAAAACAAAAAUCAGCUGUUUCUACAGAUUUUUUUCACAAAAUAAAGAAAUUUACGACCAGAAUCAGUUAGAAAAUCAAAAGAUGAGUAACGACACCUUUUCCCUCCCGCUGUCCCCUGGUACUCAAAAUGGAAGCCAAGAAAGCAGUGCAUGCUCUACCCCUGUACACUACCCUGCAAUGUUGGAUAUGAACAGUCCUGCAUACGGCGAUCAUCGUCGUGGAAGCAAGAAACGAGAGGCACCACAUAGAUACAGACCCUAUAUAACACGUGUCAUCAGAUAACAGCAGUAUCUGCAAUGCAUGCUAUUGAAUUUUUCAACAAGCACUUUGGAUGCUUCUGAUGUAGUGUUUGUCAAUAGGAGUCUUCAUUUGGACAAAAUCAAGUUCUUUGGCUUUGAUAUGGACUACACCUUAGCAGUGUACAAGUCACCAGAUUAUGAAGCACUGGGGUUCAGCCUUAUUGUAGACAGACUGAUAUCAAUUGGUUACCCAGAUGUUAUCAAAGAUUUUGAAUAUGAUCCAACAUUUCCAGUUAGAGGUCUCUGGUUUGAUAAUCUCUAUGGUAACCUACUUAAAGUUGAUGCCUUUGGCAACAUCCUUGUCUGCUGUAGGGGCUUUCAUUACCUCAAACCGAAUGAGGUGAGAGAACUCUAUCCCAACAAGUUCCUUCAACUAGAUGACAGUAGAAUCUAUGUGCUCAACACAUUGUUCAACCUACCAGAGACUUACUUACUGGCCUGCCUGAUUGAUUACUUUACCAAUAGUGAAGAAUACACAACCAUAGACAAGGGAGUGAAGGGAGGUGAUAUCUUCAUGUCAUACAAGUCAAUAUUCCAGGACGUCAGAGCAGCAGUUGACUGGGUCCACAUAAAGGGGUCCCUGAAGCAGAAGACAGUUGAAGAAAAGGAGAAAUAUGUGGUAAAAGAUGACAGGUUACCUGUCAUUCUGAACAGAAUGAGGGACAGUGGAGCAAAGACCUUCCUACUUACAAACAGUGACUAUGGAUACACAAAUAAAAUUAUGGAAUACCUACUUACAGGGGUUGAGUGCAAAAAGCCUGGUGAUCCAGAAAGAGAGUGGACAUCAUACUUUGACUUUAUCCUUGUUGAUGCUAAGAAACCAUUGUUCUUUGGAGAGGGCACCAUUCUUAGGCAGGUGGACAGGAAAACUGGUGGCUGUAGCAUAGGAACACAUAUGGGGCCUCUAAGGCAAGGACAGGUCUACUCCGGAGGGUCAUGUGAUGUAAUGUCUGAUCUCAUUGGUGCUGCUGGUAAAGAUGUGCUGUACAUAGGAGACCACAUCUUUGGUGAUAUUCUUAAGUCGAAGAAGAAGCAAGGAUGGAGGACAUUUCUAGUAGUACCAGAAUUGGCACAUGAACUACAUGUGUGGACCGAUAAACAUUCCAUAUUUAAGAAGUUGAAUGAUCUUGAUGAUAAGCUCUCUAAAACAUACAGAAACCUGGACAGUAGCACAUCAGAAAGACCAGACAUUCGUAAUAUUCAAGCUGCAAUAAGGGAGGUAACCCAUGAGAUGGAUAUGGCAUAUGGCAUGCUGGGAAGCCUUUUCAGAAGUGGAUCUCGUCAAACCUUCUUCGCCAGUCAAGUAGCUCGCUAUGCAGAUCUGUAUGCCGCCUCAUUCCUCAACCUGCUUUUCUAUCCAUUCAGUUACAUGUUCCGUGCCUUUCCAAUGCUGAUGCCCCAUGAAUCAUCUGUUCAACACACAGAUGCUAACUUGACGAUCAGUGAGUCCCCCAUGGCUCCAAGAUCAAGGUCCAUCCCUGUAUCUCCCAAUACAACCGAGCCAGAUAAUAAACGCAUCAAAGUGAUGAUCAGAAGCCAAAGCCUGGUGCCGAAUCUCCGAGCUGACACCCCGAAAAAGAUAACCCAUCAUCACGAUGAAGAUGACUCAGACGAAGAAAGUACAGGAAGUGAUAAGUCCACAUAGGU